UCAGGCUGCACCCUUGUCCCUAGACCCAUGCAGCCUCUGGCCCCAAGUUACUUUUCAGGGAAACAUGACCAAGCCACCCCGGUGAGUGGAUGGACUGAGCUCCCACUCCGGCCACAUGCCGUGAGCCAGGGCGGGCUCCCCUUCCCCUGGUUCCCUCCCCUCCUCCUCCCUGAAACCUGAUCCAGCCGAAGGACUGAGGCCGGAAAACUUGGCGGCUCCCCAACUCUGGUGGCCUGCAGAGCACCAAGCUGCAGCCUCAGAAGGUGCAGGCAGCGGCGGGGGAAGCAGCCUGACUGGGCAUGAGGCUGGCAGAGGCCGAGCAGACCGGCAUUCUCUGGAGCUCACCCUAAGCACCACUCCGGGGCCCUCCCACGCGUGGGAAGCCCGCCAUGGCGCUGUGGCUCCAGCUGGCGCUGCUGGCCUUGCUCCUCCCCACAUCCCUGGCACAGGGAGAAGUCAGGGGGAAGGGGACAGCCCAGGCUCACAACUCCACCAGGCCCGCUCUGCAGAGGCUGUCGGACCACCUCCUGGCUGAUUACAGGAAGAGUGUCCGGCCAGUGCGAGACUGGAGAAAACCCACCACCGUCUCCAUCGAUGCUAUUGUCUACGCCAUCCUCAGUGUGGAUGAGAAGAAUCAGGUACUGACCACCUACAUCUGGUACCGGCAGUUCUGGACGGAUGAAUUUCUCCAGUGGAACCCCGAGGACUUUGACAACAUCACCAAGUUGUCCAUUCCCACGGACAGCAUCUGGGUCCCGGACAUUCUCAUCAACGAGUUCGUGGACGUGGGGAAAUCUCCAAAUAUCCCCUACGUGUAUGUUCGGCAUCAAGGUGAGGUGCAGAACUACAAGCCCCUGCAGGUGGUGACUGCGUGUAGCCUCGACAUCUAUAACUUCCCCUUCGACGUGCAGAACUGCUCCCUGACCUUCACCAGCUGGCUGCACACCAUCCAGGACAUCAACAUCUCCCUGUGGCGCUUGCCAGAAAAAGUGAAGUCUGACAAGAGUGUCUUCAUGAACCAGGGCGAGUGGGAGCUGCUGGGGGUGCUGACCGAGUUUCUGGAGUUCAGCGACAGGGAAAGCAGAGGCUCCUUUGCAGAGAUGAAGUUCUACGUGGUCAUCCGCCGGCGGCCUCUCUUCUAUGCAGUCACCUUGCUGCUGCCCAGCAUCUUUCUCAUGAUCGUGGACAUUGUGGGCUUCUACCUGCCCCCGGACAGUGGGGAGAGGGUCUCCUUCAAGAUCACACUCCUCCUGGGAUACUCAGUGUUCCUGAUCAUUGUGUCUGACACGCUGCCAGCCACUGCCAUCGGCACCCCCCUCAUCAGUGUCUAUUUUGUGGUGUGUAUGGCCCUUCUGGUGAUAAGUUUGGCUGAGACCAUCCUCAUUGUGCGGCUGGUGCACAAGCAAGACCUGCAACAGCCCGUCCCCCUCUGGCUUCGGCACCUGGUUCUGGAGCGAAUCGCCGGUCUUCUCUGCUUAGGAGAGCAGCUGACCUCCCACAGGGGCCCAGCCACCUUGCAAGCCACCAAGACUGAUGACUUCUCAGCUAUGGGAAACCACUGCGGCCCUUUGGGAGGACCCCAGGACUUGGAGAAGACCUCUCGAGGCAGAGGCAGUCCACCCCCUCCACCGCGGGAGGCCUCCCUAGCCAUGUGUGGGCUGCUGCAGGAGCUGGCCUCCAUCCGGCACUUCCUGGAGAAGCGGGAGGAGACGCGGGAGGUGGCCCGAGACUGGCUGCGUGUGGGCUCUGUGUUGGACAAGCUACUCUUCAGAGUCUACCUGCUGGCAGUGCUGGCCUACAGCAUCACCUUGGUCACGCUCUGGUCUGUCUGGCAUUACGCCUGAGACAUCACAGCCUGGCAGUGCAAGCAACAUGGAGCUGGUUAGGAUGGGAAUGGAGAAUUUCUGCUUCAGGGCCCGGGGAUGCUGGAGACAUUCCCAACACACAGAUGGAGCCCCAGCCUCUCUCUGUGUUCAAUGCCAGGUCACCUAAGCAAUUCCAAUUUGGACCUCCCUGCAAAGCCCAAUGUUCAGUACCUUUAAUCCCCUCACACCCAGAAGCCCAUCAUGGCUUUAAAACAUCUAGAUCAUUCCCUACUUCCAUUCUACUUAUCUGUGCAACAAAUCUCAGUUUCCCCAGAGGCUUUCCUCUGAAUAAGGCACUUGGAAUUCUGCUCAUCUCCACCGACCUUGUUUUUUUGAUAAAGAAAACACCAACUCUGUUACAUGGGCCUGAUAGUUUUGCACCCGGUUCAUCCAGUCCCUGACAUCAGCCCCUUCUUAACAUUCGUGCACUGGGGGGGGGGGAUAGAUAAUAAAAUGCA